AUGUUGCCGUCCGCAGACCAGCCCUUUUGGUGCAUGUGCUCGCACCAUGCUUGCUACCACGAGGAUGUUCAAGUUGCGCAAACACCACCGGUGCAGACGCCCAUCGUCGCCGCACAUCCUUUGGAUCACGACUCGUUUGGCGGCCAGGAAAACGAGAGGCCGAGGGUAAACAGGGAACCCCUCACUCCAGUCCAAGACAUGGCUGCCUUCCAAACACCGGGUAGCUUAGGACAGGCUCUGGACUGGCCCGGUCUCAGCCUCGCCGGUUCUUCUUUCAAACCGGAUCUUGCGGUCGUGACUGCGCCGCCGCGGCCACCUUCACCCCAUGCCCAUCAGGUUGCCCAACCCUCUGGUCAUGGUCGAGAUGCCUCUCUCCCUGAUACGUUACCCUGGACCAACCUUCCCGCUCCAAAUCAUGACGGACUUGGUCUUCCACCUAUACCUUCACAAUGUCUAUUCAAUACUCAAUCUUUCUCAACGGCAUCGAGCCAGACCGGGUACUUGAGACCCUUUGGUGGUAAAGGUCUCCACACCCUUGACACUAAAGCUACCGCAACACCGAACGAUAAUUGCGCUCCUCAAGCCGUUCAUGGGCCUCCCGGCACCGACCCGGAUGCCACUGUACCCAAUACGCAAACCUCUUCGCCCUUGGAGCCAAUCCCCAUGCCCUCAGCGCCAACUCCUAGAGCAGCCUCGACUCAGGAUACCAACAUUGCACCAUCAACAAUUCAACCCCAAUGUUCUAACGACGAGGCCUUUCGGACCUUGAAAGACACCGUCCAAGACCAUGGUCAUCGUUUGGAUAAGCUGGAGAAUCAGUCAUUCUCUGUUGCUGGCCAUGACGAUUGCCACGAGAAAUAUGACCAAACCGACCUUAAAGUAACCGAACUUGAGUCUCGCGUCGAGGAAGUCGAAAAAAGACUAAAUGACGACAACAGCACUGUUGUCAGCAGUAUCCGCGGGUCUGCGAUCAGUACCAAUGUCUCCACCGCUAGUCAAGCGUUCUCCCAGUCCGAGGUUUACAGCAAACUCCAGCAGCUACAGGCACAGGUUAACAGGCUACAGGCCUCCUCGCUACCCACAUACAGCUCACCAUGGGAUGUCGAGGUUGUGGUGAUUCCUUUUCCGCUCAAGGGCGUUUGGAUGCCAGGACAUGAAUUCUCGAGUCAGAGGUCAGCAAAUAUCACGGACACUGCUCCCUGGGAUACUCUGGUGGACGAGUGGACGCAGCUGCCAAAUACCCACAGCAGAAAAACGCCAGAUCCUCAGUCAUCCUUGGUUGCCAAUUGGCUCGAUCAAUCAGCAUCUUCAGCUUGGCUGCUGCCUAGAGCCUGCGCUCCAGGCCGCAUGAUCGACGAGCGCCUGCGGAGUCGUGGUCUCAUCAAGACCGUAUCUGUCAAGGGCUCCGAUGCUAGAAGUGUUCAGCUCGCAAUUACCGCCGCAUUUCACGGGGUCUUCAAAGCCAUGCAAGUGGAAACCGCCAGUCGUCGAUCGUCCCCAGUAACCAGCGCUAUGUUCGAUAAGUUCCUGGGACUCAGCCUGCCAUGGGUACCACUUCGCAAAAUACACAAGGACUCUCGGCUACGGUUCCUAUCACCAGCUGAAAUGUUGACACCAACACUGUGGGACGUGGCUUUCCUUAUGUCCAGUGUCGUUAUGAAAGCCACUGGCCUGCAUCGCCUCUACAUCACCCAACCAGAAGCAUAUGUGCAAGAUAAGAUCUCCAGAGACAGCGGGUCUGGUUGGACUUGGCAAAGACUUCGUGAGCUUGCACCAGCGUUACCAGACUCUCAAAGCUCUUCGGCCAGCACGAUAGAUGCCGAGGAGGACGAGCAGUGUUGGAAAUGGAAUGAUCGCCUAGAUCAACUUCCGGCUAUCGAGCCUUCUCGCGAGCAGGUGGCUGCAGCAAGCAGGUCUCGAUCCACGGCAGCGUCGUCAUCACAGGUUUUCUACACUGCACAAUCGCCGGCAACUACUCGGGCCAAGAGUCCAGUAAUGCUAAGGGAACGAAGAGGCUCAGGACCCCCACACCUAAGAACUGCUUCGAUGCCCCAAGCUGGGCCAGUGCUCUCUUCUCCCGCUGGACAGCCUGCGGUGGCCAGAGUCGCAUCAUACACCGCUAUUGCCUCCAAGUCCAGCCCCUAUGAGCGGCGGCCUUCGCCCCUGAUAGCUCGCCCUAGCCCGCGCCUACCGGUGAUGCGGCAUGUAGCUUCAGAGGCUGCGAUGGUGUCAGCCGUCGGUGCCGCGAAGAGACGAUCUGGAGGCGGCCGCGGCAACAGUCGAUCCCCUAGUAUACGGCCACGAAAUACGCCACGAUGGAGCACCAACAGCAUACGUAGUCGUAGCACUAGUGUAGCAUUACGAGAUGUUUCGGCCGCACCUGAAGACUACAGGAUGCGUGGCACUACACCAUUCUGCUACGCGACCCCUUACAGCACUGCACCAGUUGAUACGAUCAGGGGUCCUGUAGAAGGCCCCUCGUCCACAGGCAACAGUGGGCGGAGAAUCAGCAAUUCAGGCGAGAAUACGGACUACGAAGAAUAUGGGAGUGGCUCAGAUGUGUACGACCAAGAGAUGACAAACCAGGGGCUGGAUGAGGACUUUGACGACGAUGGCGACGACGAUGAUGAUGCAGACCCUGAUUUCAACGUCUACCAAGAUUACACAGACGAAAUGGACGAUGAUUCCGACCCUGGCGAUGACAGCAGGGAUUUGGCACGCUCGAAACACUCUACUGCCGAAUCGCAAGAGCAACUGAAUGCGCAAGUACUCCCCGAAGACGAGGUGUGGCCUGGGAUAGAAGACAACAUGUCGGAUGGCGAAAACAUCGAUCCGGAGUCUCAGGAUAUUGACAUAGAAGAUGCUGCAAGCGAUAUAAGCAGUCAACCAUCAGAAUACCCAAGCACCCAUCGCGCUUGGCAAGAACAAGGGGCAGUAGGGAGGCAGGGUCUGGAUGGAAACGAUGUCACAGGGUUCAGGAUUCAUGAAGACGAGGAUGACAAUGAGAACGACGCGAUGCGUGGAGCAGGAUUUGCAACACGCUGGUGA